AUGCUACUCUUGAACCCCUUCUUGUCCUGCGAAAGCUACAGCAAUGAUCUCAAAGUCGGCACUGGACUCGUCCUUCCUACCAAGUUCCACCCUCCCAAUCCAGACGACACACCCAAGGACCUUUUCCCCUCCGGCAUGCGUCGCAAUGCCGUCCCACCUGUCACUCGGUUCAUCCGUGACACCGAUCGUGAUCAAUUCCUCAUCUACACCGAUGGCGCCUGUGUGGAUAACGGCGGUGCCAACCCCCGAGCCGGCUGUGGCGUUGUCUACAAGCCUUUCACGCCCAAGGGUGCCAAUUACUUCAGAUUCCCUCUCGAGAAUGAGGGUCCCACCGGCGAAGCGCAUCCCCAAACGAGCAACAGGGCCGAAUUACGGGCCGUGAUUGCCGCCACCCGCUACCGGGUCUGGAUCGGGGAGGGAUUCAACAAACUCGUCAUCGCCACCGACUCCGAAUAUGUGGUGGAGGGGGCCACGUCUUGGGCCCAGGGAUGGAUACAAAGGGGCUGGAAGACCAGCACGGGCCUGCCGGUCAAGAACCGGGACCUGUGGGAGUGUCUGCUGGGUGAAGUGGAGCGAUGGCAUGAGGCUGGCUUGCAGAUCCAGUUCUGGAGGAUCCCCAAAGAAUUGAAUGCCGAUGCUGAUACUUAUGCCAAAAGGGGUGCGGUGAAGAACCCACGGGUUAAGUUCCAUGAUCCUAGUGGAACGUUUGUUUAG